UCGUUGACAUUUCAUGUUGUAAAUUCAAUUAAAUUUCCAAAGAAAUUUUCCAGAAAAAAAAACACUUCUCUUCUCUUGUGCAUGCAGAAUACAACGAUUUUUGUUUGAUUCGGUCAACACACACACACACACGCAUUCGAUAGUCGUAUCUGUCUUGCAUAUUAAACGCGCGCACUAUUAGCAAUAAACAAAAAGGAAAAGAAAAAUACACAAAAUAUAUUCAAUUCUGCCGGUCAAUUCAACGGGGCAGAGGCAGAGCUGAGCAGAGAGUCGAAAAGCAAAACACAAACCUCAGUACAAAAGCAAAAACAAAACGACGCCGACAGCGACUGAGGCAGCGACAGCAAACAGCAAGCAGCGACAGCGACUGAGGCAGAAGCUACAACGACUGUUCAAUUGAAUAUUUUUCAGGCAGCCAACGGAGCCCGAGACCGCCGCAGUUGUCAACGCAAAGCACACCGCUAAAUACCGAAAUUGCUGUUUUGUUUUAAUUACUACUAAGCAAGUGUAAAACACACACACUCCCACACACACACACAUAAAGAAAUGGAUGAGAAUUCGCAUUUAUUGAAAAUAUUGAGCGGCAUUGCCAUCAGCAUUGUCGGCUUUCAGAUAUGCCGCAAAGUCCUGCCAUGGAUUUAUUCGAAUAUUUUGGGGCCACAGUUGGUUGGCUCCUCGGUGAAUCUGGCCAAAAUGGGCGACUGGGCAGUUAUCACCGGAUCGACGGACGGCAUUGGCAAAGCUUAUGCUCGGGAGUUGGCACGCAAAGGACUGAAGCUGGUGUUGAUCUCACGAUCGUUGGACAAAUUGAAGACGGUGGCAAAGGAAAUCGGCGAUGAGUUCGGCGUCGAGGUGCGUGUAAUUGAUGUGGACUUCACAGCGGGUUUUGAGAUCUACGAUCGCAUACGUCAGGAAACAGCUGGACUUGAUGUUGGCGUGUUGGUCAACAAUGUGGGCAUCAGCUAUAGUCAUCCCGACUAUUUCCUCGAUUGCUACAAUACGAAUCCAAAGUUUUUGCGUGACAUUGUGUCGGCCAACAUUCAUUCCGUUACCCAUAUGACGGCGAUCUUUUUGCCUGGCAUGGUCGUGAAGCGCAAAGGUGUCGUCAUCAAUCUGUCCUCCACUGCGGGUGUCAUUCCCAAUCCACUGCUGAGCGUCUACAGUUCCACAAAGGCAUUUGUGAACAAGUUCAGCGAUGAUCUGCAGACGGAGUACAAGGCGCAUGGCAUUCUGGUGCAGAGCGUGCAACCCGGUUUCGUGGCCACCAACAUGUCCAAGAUACGCAAGCCGAGUGUUUUUGCGCCCUCGCCCCAAACGUAUGUAAAAUCAGCACUCUCGACACUCGGCUUUGCCAACCAAACAGCUGGAUAUCUGCCACAUGCUCUGCUUCAACUAGUCAUCCAUCUUACAGAGGCUCUGCUGGGCGAACAGUUUGCUAGAAAUGUUGUCUUGAAAAACAUUUUGGGCACUCGCAAGCGUGCGCUGCGGCGUCAAGAAAAACAGCAAUAGAACAAAUUUUAGAUACGAGGGACAUACAGAGAGAGAGAGAGAGCGCGAGUGAUGUUUUAGAUGUGUCUCCAUUUCAUUGCCAGUUCCACUUGUAGUCUAAUUUGGUGUCUUUGGGACGGGUAAUUUGGUAAUGAUUUGGCACAAAAAAAAAACAAUUGACAAAAAAAAAUAAAAAAAAAACCUGACUCGAAGCGCGUGAUGCGCAUUAACAAAAGAAUUAAACGGAACAAAACCAAAACCAA